CAUUUUACUGCAUCCCUGCCGCCCGGCAAAUUGCGCCCUUGAUGAAAUUCUAUUAAAUUGGAACGGACUUCGAGAUGUCGUCAAUAGAAUCGCUGUCCAUCCAGGGAAUCCGGAGCUUUGGCACCUAUGCCGAGGAUCUUCAAAGCAUUAAGUUUUCAUCACCGGUUACCCUGAUUCUGGGCGAGAAUGGGUGCGGAAAGACGACCGUGGUAGAGUGUCUCAAGUACGCCUUAACCGGCGAGUGUCCGCCUGGCAGUGAUCGCGGCAAGAGUUUCGUCCACGACCCCAAGAUCUUUGGGCUGAACGAGGUGCUGGCGCAGAUCAAGAUGCAGGUGCGGGACAGGCGGGGUGCCCAAGUGUCCAUAUGCCGCACCAUGAAGGUGUCCAAGAAGCGCAACAAAAUGUCCUUCGAAACAAUGGAUUCCACGAUCAACUUCCUGACUGGCGCCGGACAGUCGAAGCGCGAAAAGCAGGACUCCCUAAGCGGACGCUCCGUAGACAUCGAUGUGGCCAUCUCUGACUUCAUGGGUGUCUCCAAGGCUAUUAUCAACAAUGUCCUGUUUUGCCACCAGGAGGACUCCAGUUGGCCGCUGGACGAGUCAAAGAAGUUAAAGGAAAAAUUCGAUGCCAUAUUCGGCAUCACCGAGUACAAUAAGGCGCUGGAUAAAAUCAUAAAGCUUCGCAAGGAGGCCAUGGAGGAGCUUAAAGUAAAGGAGGCCAACAUGAAGCAUGUGGCCUACCUCAAGCAGGAAAUGGAGGUUAAAACUUUGAGCCUGCAACAGGCACAGAGAAAAUGCGACGCAAUUAAGGCGCAGUGCAGCGAGUGCGAGGAGGAAAUGAAGCCGAUUGAAGCCAGGCUGGUGGAAAUCCGAAAUGUAGAGUUCGAAAUUGGCAAAUAUCAAGCGCAGAAAGUCGAAUUGGACACCAAGCACAAAAACUGCAAGGAUCAGAUAUCCACUUUAACCGGAAAGAUCAAGAACCUCUUUGGAGGCACGCUGGCUGAAUUGGAUGAAGAGAUCAGAAACUUCGAUCAGCGCAUGCAGGAGGUGCAUCAAAAACGCACCGAGGUGGAGGGAGAUUUGUCCCAGAUUAAGAGGUCCAAAGUCUCUGAGCAAGAAAAGUUGGGCACACAGGAUCGGAAGCAUUGCCUAGCUAAACAACGGCAUCAGAGCGAGCUGACUUGUCGAGCACAGCUUCUAAAGCGGGUUAAGGACUUCUGCCGGGAAGUCCAUAUAACCAUCGAUUGUGAUCUGGUGGAGCAGCCCGAGAAGAUGGGAGAAGUCCUUCAGGACAUCGAGGCGAUGAUAAUAACCAAGCACUGCGAAAUAACAGAGAUCGUUGAGCAAAACGAGAAGGCCGAUCGGAGCCGGCAAGUCAAGAUCGACGAGCUCCGCAUUGAGCUGACCAAGUCAGAGCAAAGCGUGACCGCGCAGGAGAAGCAACGCGAGUCCAGCAAGCGGGAGAGUGAAACUCUUGGAGCGGAAAUAAAGAAAAUAGAAACAUCCAUGCAAGAUUUGAAGAAGCUUGAGAAAGAAAUAAACGAGGUAAAUGAGUUGUAUGAGAGCGCUAACAAUAACAUUGACCAGCAGGCUAUAAAAGAUGCCAUUGCCAGACAGAAGGCCAGUAUUGCCGAGAAUCAGAUUCAGUUUAAGAAGCUGGACGAACAGUUGACAUUCUUAGGCUCCAUGGCCAAGCUAGUUGCCGAGAUUUCCCUGAAGCAAAAAGAGCUUGAUAAAAAGAACCAAGAGGUACAUCGCGUGCGCAGCCGACACUCUGAUCAUUUUGGGAAGUUCUUUAAGGAACCCAUUACCUGCAAUUAUCGCCGAUCGAUGCAGGGAGUCUACGACAAACUUCGUCGCGAGAUUCAAGAUCUUAACGAGAAGGCAAACUCGCAGAAACUAAAAGAACAGUCAUUCGAAAUCAAACGUAAGAACCUCAUCGGUGAUAUCUCACGAAUGGAAAAGGAGUUGAAGGAGAGCGAGGAGCUAAUAUUUGAAAAGUGUCGGUCAACUCCGUAUGACGAUCUGCUGGAGCGAAGUAAAACGGCCAUUUCCAAGUUGCAGUUCGACCACGGCGCCCUUAAAUCGUCCGAGGCUCUUUAUAAGAAGUAUAUACAGAAAAUGGAUGAAGAGCCAUGUUGUCCAUUAUGCCACCACAACAUGACAAGUGAUGAGGCCUGCGACUUGACCAGCGAGCUAACUGAUGAGAUCCAAAAGUUGCCUGAUAAUAUCACCAGAGCUGAGAAGGCCCUAAAGGCGGAGCAUAUAAAAUAUGAGAACUUAUUGCAGAUUAAACCGAUCAUUCUUAAGGUCAAGGAUCUAAAGGAAUCCUUGCCCCAAAAGAAGGAGGAACUGAAAAAAGUCGAGGAACUUCUUGGAGAGAGUGUCAGCGAAUACGAAACUUUACUCGCUUUAAUUGGCGAGCCAACGCAUAAUAUGGAGUUGGCGAAUUCCAUGAUGGGUGAUAUGUCCCUAUUAGACGAGGCAUUAAAAGAUUCGGCGCGGCUUACAAAGGAUCUAGAUCAGCAAAAGGGGAAGUUACCAGCUUCUUAUGAUUCGAGUGUAUCGAUGGAUGCGCUGCAGGCGGAGAAGAGUCAGGUUUCAAAGGAGUUGGAAACGGAACGUAAGGAGUUAGACUCCGCUCAGAAUGCAUUCCAGCAGCAAAUGGAUGCCCUUAAUCGUUUGCGCGAAAAGAAGAAUAGUCUAAAAGAUAGGCAAAUACAUCUUCGUGAGGGUGUGCAAAGCUUGCCACAGUUGAAGGAACGUUUGGAGAAGCUCCAUAGUUUCCUUGCGACUGUAGCCUCUGAAAUCAGUGAACUUAAGGCCAAAAUCCAGCCUCUUAAGCUGAAUCUUCGAAAAGCCAUAGACGAAAAAGAGCGCUUGAAGAAAAGCGAAAGUGAUAAGUUAGCUCAGCUGAAUUCCAAGUAUAAUUCGUACAAAAGCACAGAUCAGGACAUACAAAGAUUGAACAAAGAAGCUGAGGACUACGCCAAAUUGGAUCUUCGAAAUGAAAUCAAGAAACUUGAUGAAGUCAUAACGGCCUCCAAAGAUCAGUUAAGGAAAUUGGAAAUCGAAAUCUCAUUGAAAACUGACGAGCUCGAUACAAUUAAAACUGAGUGCUCCAAUCAGCAGACCGUUGAACGGGAUUUGAAGGAUAACCGCGAGCUGAAACAGCUCGAAGAUAAAGAAUCCAAGUUGAGAGAAAGCUGCCAGACGCUGGACAAGCAACUCGGUAACCUUGACUUUCACAGCGUCAGUAAGGAGAAAGUGAAUCUAACUAAGCAAAGGGAUAAAGCCACAGUGCGUAAGGGCGAACUGCUGGGCCAGCUAGGUGAGGUUAACAGCCAGGUGAACAAGCUGCAGCGUGAAAUCGAUGAGCCUAGAUUUAAGGAGUCUUUAAAGAACUUCCGGAAGGCCAGUUACGAGAUAGGGGUCACUCGUCUCUGCAUUGAGGACUUGGGCCAAUAUCGUUUAGCAUUGGAGUGGGCACUCAUCCAGUUUCACUCUGAAAAAAUGGAGAUGAUUAACCGUCUGAUACGCGAGUACUGGCGUAAGAUAUAUCGCGGAAAUGACAUUGACUAUAUUCAGGUGAAAACCGAUGAGGUUAGUACGGAAGCUUCGGCAGAUCGGCGAAAGACCUACAACUACAGAGUGGUUCAGUCCAAGAACUACUCAGAGAUCGAGAUGCGAGGACGCUGCAGUGCUGGCCAGCGCGUCCUGGCCUCCCUCAUUAUCCGCUUGGCACUGGCCGAGACCUUCAGCAGCAAUUGUGGUGUCCUAGCUUUGGAUGAGCCGACCACGAACUUGGAUCGUGCCAAUAUUAAUUCACUAUGCGAAGCCCUGAAUUGCAUCGUGGAGGAGCGCCAGAGCCAGUCCAACUUUAUGCUCAUCAUCAUUACUCACGACGAGAAUUUCGUUUCGUCGCUGGGCAAGAUAACCUCCUACCAUCGGGUCUUCCGCAACGACGAGUGCAAGUCGGUUAUACGGAGAGUGGAGGCCGGUCCAUCAAAGAAAACUGCGAUAGAUCAAUAAACAAUAUAAUUUUUG